CGAGGCGGAGGGGCCCGCCCCCUCCGGCGGCCCCGCGGGGGGCGCCGCUGGCCCGGCCCAUGGCCGGCUUCACGCUCUUCGCGAAACCGCGGGGCCCGCAGGUCUCUAUCCCGAAGGGCAAGUGGCGCGGCGAGCACGAGGUCACCGUGGUCAGCCGCGGAGCGGCGGCCGCCGCGGAGAAGGAGGCCCCCGGCGCGAGCACCGAGGGGGCCAAGCGCGAGCUGCGGGCGCUUCAGGGCGAGUGGCUCGGCGACGGCGGGUGCGCGUACUUCGUCCGAGGCAUCCGCGUCGAGGAGCGCAGGCCCGACGGCGCGCGCCGCUUCUUCAGCCUGGGGCAAGCCGCGUGCCGCGGCGGGGGGCGGCAUGCCGCCGGGCGAGGCCUCGGGCUCGGCCCCUGCGGCCAGGCGCCUCGGCGCGAGGCCGUGGGCGCGCCCGCGGACGGGGGCGCGCCGGCGGCCGGGGCCGCUCGGGCGGCGUGGGACGUCUCGAACGGAUCGUUGUCUUGGGGCGUCUCAGUGAACGGCUCGGUGUUCUUGAACGGCUUGGUGUCUUGGGACGGCUCAGUGAACGGCUCUGUGUCCUCGGUGUCCUGCGGCUCGGUGGACGUCUCGGUGAAUGUCUCGGUGGACGGCUCGGUGGACGCGUUGGUGAACGUCUCGGUGGACGGCUCGGUAGACGGCUCGGUGGACGGCUCCGGCGGCGGCUCGGCGGUGGACAGAUCCGUGUCCUCGGCGGCGUCCUUGACCGGUGUAUCGCGGCGUCAGACGCCGUCGCUGCACGAGCUGCCCGCCGCGCUGCUUUCCGAGCAGCCGCCCGCCGCCGCCGCCAGCGUCCAGGAGGAGGAGCCGAUGAAGAAGGUUCGACGAUCCAAGAACACUUCGUGGGAUGUGACCUAUGCGAGUGAUUUUGCUGGAUGCGACUCGGUCUUGGCGGCGCUCACUGCUGAAUCGUUUUCAUACCGCUGGCAUUUCAGUUCGGAGAAGAACCCUAGCUGCAGGAGGCUCCUCAAAGAACUAUAUGGGGACCCUGAUUCGGGGAUCCAUGAAGACAUCACGGAGCGCGACAACAAACAGCUCCCGAAGGACAUCGAGUUGUACGCCUGGGGGCCGCCGUGCCAGCCUUGGUCCAAGGGAGGCAAAGGAGAUGGGCCCCAUGACGAUCGCGGCAAACUCUGGUUACAGACUGUGCAGACGAUCGAGGAGGUGAAGCCUAAGGCGUUCAUCUUGGAGAUGGUCAACGGCAUCCUGUCCGACAAGUUCGCAGAGGUGUGGGAGUGCAUCUUGAAGUGCCUGAAGGAGUGCGGCUACUCGGUCUCUUACAAGGCGCUGAAGACGUCGGACUUCGGAAUCCCUCAAGAGAGGGAGCGCAUCUACGUUGCGGGUUUCCGAUCAGACUUGAAGCAAGCCAAGAAGGAGUUCAAGUGGCCCGCCUAUACCGGCGUGCACCGGCUGGUUCGUGACAUCGUCGGAAUGCCCACCAUGGCGGGGGUCGACGCCAUCGCGAACGGGUUGCCUCCCAAGGACAUCGUUAUCGACAUCGGCUGCACAACCAAAAGGCUGAACUACAAAGUGGGUGCCUUCCCGACGAUCACUGCGAGCCGCGGCGCUAUCAUGGGGCACUGGAUUCUGCCGCGCGGGAGACAAGUCACCAUGGGCGAGCUUGCCCAGCUGCAAGGCUACAGCGCCGGGUACUUCAAGGCCGACCUGCUCGAGAAGGCGAAAGUCAGCGAGCAGAGGGCGGGGCGCAUGAUGGGCAACGCCAUGUCUGUGAACGCGCUUUGCCCGCUGGUGCGAAGCGUCCUCGGCCACAUCGGCAUCGUCGCGUCCCGGGGCGCGCUGGUGUAG